GUUUGGAGUCUUGGACCGUAAAAAACUAAAACAUGCCCUGCUGGCUUGCCUUGGCCCGCACGAAAGUCUUACUGACUCUGAAUUCGACCGAGCCUCGGACAAGUCUAGACUCUGGAAAGACACGCCUCGUUUCUAUUGCCUACUCGGGCAUGUUUAAUCAAUUUCAAAGUGUGGUUUUGGUAGAAAAGCAAUGCCUUGCUUCCUCUAUUCCUCAGUCUUGCUUCCUUUCUCUGUCGAAAACGAAGCAUCCGGGUUAUAACUUGGACGCAGCCAAAUUGAACGAAUCUGUCUGGCGCAGAGCUACCGUACCCGAAUCAACGCGACUUUCAUCUAUAUUAAAUGCAACGAAAUUUGGUUCUAGACAGCACAACCUCGGAGAAGUAUUUGCGAGUAGCAUCCAUCUCCAUCGCAUUAUACGAUUAUAUUCUCACACUCCCCGCAGAAUGGCGCUUUUACCGAAGCCAAUCGUCGAUUUUUCAUAUAAGUCUUGCCUGCGCGUUAUUCAUCCUCAUACGCUAUCUUAGUAUCGUGACUAUAGUAGUCAGUAAUUACGGAUACUUUUCCGCCAACUUCACUCAAGAAGCGUGUCAACGAUAUUAUCUUGUUGCGCCUAUUUUCAAAGUCGUUCAAGCUAUGGUAUCACAGGUCAUCCUAGGUGUCAGGACAUGGAAUGUUUCAAGGAGAGAUAGGCGGAUAGGAAUUGCACUACUGCUGCUAUAUCUUUGCUUGGUUUCGGUGGAGUGGUUCACAGAUAUAUUUGAUCGGACCCCUGUUGUUAUUGAUGGAAAUUGCACCCCAGCAAAUACUGACGAAAUAUUUUCAACAACCUGGUUGUUCUACCUCGCUGCGAUGUUGUAUGACAUCGUGAUGGUGACAAUUUCUACCAUGCAUCUUCUCCGUUAUAAUCCUCUAAGCAGCAGCGUGGAACGGCUGAUACGGGUCCUGAUCUAUGAUGGCGUUGGAUAUUUCAUUGUGUUGUCUGCGUCGAAUGUAUUGAACCUCGUCCUUUAUCAUACGACCGAUUUUCAGACUCAGUCGGCAGGGGCAUCGAUGGGCUAUGCUGUAACAUGGAUCAUGAGCCAACGGAUCCUCAUCCAUGUACGAGAGAUGACAGAACCAGACGUCCGACACUUGGAAAACGUCGUUAUGGCGCGUCCCACGCUCAGUGCGCAGAAAAAAAUGUUGUCCAGUCUCCGCUCGCAGUUCGAGUCCAAGAGCCACUCCAAAAACUCCAAAGACGCAGAGCUCUUGCCCUCAUCGCCUCGCAAUGGGCAAGCCAACGACAUGGAACUCGGUAUACGUGUACGCGUAGAGCGCUCGGUGGUCGUGGACUAUGCACCUGCGGACGAAUCUGAUCGUUUGAGUUUGUGGGGGACGUCGGAAGCGAAAUGAAUUCGAGGCACUAGCGCGUAACAAACAUCAUAAAGAAGGAUUGACUGUGGAGAUUCUGACUGUAUAACAAAUGAUACUAGUGUAUAUAUAGGGCCCAUGUACAAUAUCUGUGAUUAUGGAUAGAGCUUGUCAUGAAAAA